AUGAAUAAAUUCUUUAUUAUUCAAAACUAACCCACUUUUAAGUUCCAUCAUAAUCAUUAGUAUUUCUUAUUUUUAUUAAAAACAUCCUUUUUUAGAAAUAAAUUAAAGAAUGUUAUAACAAAUAAGAAAGAACCCAUAUUUUUAUAAAGACUCUAAAAGGGGACAACUAAACUGUUUACUAAAUCUAAUUAUAGUCAUGGAAUAUUUUUAUUUAUAGUAACUGCCAUCAAACUACUAGGCUUAAGCAAAUUUACUGUUAGUGUUCUUACUAUAGCUAUCUUCAUAGUUAUCUCGUAAGAUAUAAAUAUUUUAUUAUUAAUUCUUUACUUUGGAUUUUAAGUGUUGUCAUCGGAACUAUUUGAAUCCUAAGAAAUAAAUAAAACACUCACAUUUUCUAUAUUUUUAGGAUUAUUUUCUCAUUUAUUUUUGAAUUUAAACUAAAAUAGUUAUUUUAGCAACGAAUCACAUUGCUAAUCAUAAACUAAGGAUAUAUAUAACAAAAAUUUAGUAGUUAGGUUUAAAUUGAUUUCAAAUAUUAUAUAUGAUGAUUAUUUUUAUGAUGCUUAAGCUUAUAGUCAUUCUCCUUUAUAUCAUGAUAUUGUUACAGUCAGCUGA